GCCUCGCGGCGCGUGCGGCUACUUCUGCGGCAGGUGGUGCGGGGCAGGCCGGGCGGCGGCGGGCAGCGGCCGGAGAUCAGAGUGCUGCACUCUGGGGCGGGGGCUGACACAGGUGACACAGUUAAUAUCGGAGAUGUAUCGUACAAAUUGAAAGCUCCUAAGAAUCCAGAACUUGUGCCCCAGAACUACAUUUCAGAAUCUCUGGCUCAGUCUGUAGUUCAGCAUCUAAGAUGGAUAAUGCAGAAGGAUCUCCUGGGGCAAGAUGUCUUUCUAAUAGGACCGCCUGGGCCACUUCGCCGUUCUAUUGCUAUGCAGUACUUGGAGCUGACCAAACGGGAGGUUGAAUACAUUGCGUUGUCAAGGGACACCACUGAAACUGAUCUCAAACAACGACGAGAGAUCCGCUCAGGCACGGCUUUUUACAUUGAUCAGUGUGCAGUUCGUGCAGCCACAGAAGGCAGAACUCUCAUCUUGGAAGGCUUGGAAAAGGCGGAGAGGAAUGUCCUGCCUGUUUUGAACAACUUGCUGGAAAAUAGGGAGAUGCAACUUGAAGAUGGACGCUUCCUGAUGUCUGCAGAGCGUUACGACAAACUUCUUCAAGAUCAUACCAAAAUGGAGUUAGAUGCUUGGAAGAUUGUCCGAGUAAGUGAAAAUUUCCGAGUGAUUGCCUUGGGUUUGCCAGUGCCGAGGUACUCUGGGAAUCCAUUAGAUCCUCCUCUCCGUUCUCGUUUUCAAGCCAGAGAUAUUUAUUAUCUACCUUUCAAGGACCAGCUUAACAUAUUGUAUUCAAUUGGAGCCAAUGUUUCUGCUGAGAAGGUUUCUCAACUCUUAUCCUUUGCCACAACUCUCUGUUCCCAAGAAUCUUCUACUCUUGGACUUCCAGAUUUUCCUUUAGAUAGUUUACCAGCUGCAGUUCAAAUUCUGGAUUCCUUUCCUACGAUGUCAAUUAAGCAUGCAAUCCAGUGGCUUUAUCCAUAUACCAUUUUACUAGGACAUGAAGGGAGGAUGGCUGUGGAAGGUGUUUUAAAACGCUUUGAACUGCAAGAUCCAGGAAGCUCUCUGCUUCCCAAAGAAAUUGUCAGAGUGGAGAGGAUGAUUGAAAACCAUUUCUCCCAAGCUUCUGUGACUAUCCAGAUUGCAGAAAAAGAGGUGAUCAUUAAGGUGCCAGCUGGGACCAGGCGAUUAAAUCAACCCUGUUCGUCAGAUCGUUUCAUACAGACUUUAAGCCAUAAGCAACUACUGGCUGAAAUGAUGCAGUCCCACAUGGUUAAGGACCUAUGUCUAAUUGGAGGGAGGGGUUGUGGAAAAACAGUUGUUGCUAAGAAUUUUGCUGAUAUCUUAGGAUAUAAUAUAGAACCUAUCAUGCUCUAUCAGGAUAUGACAGCACGUGAUCUGCUACAGCAAAGAUACACCCUUCCAAACGGAGACACCGCCUGGCGGUCCUCGCCCCUCGUGAAUGCCGCUCUGGAAGGCAAGCUGGUCCUGUUGGAUGGCAUUCACCGCGUCAAUGCGGGCACACUUGCUGUAUUGCAAAGGUUAAUUCAUGACCGAGAGCUCAGCCUCUAUGAUGGAUCUAGGCUGUUGAGACAAGACAGGUAUAUGCGUUUAAAAGAGGAGCUGCAAAUGUCUGAUGAGCAACUACAGAAGAGAUCCAUUUUUCCUAUCCAUCCAUCUUUCAGAAUCAUUGCUUUGGCAGAACCCCCUGUUAUUGGAAGCACAACACAGCAGUGGCUGGGACCAGAAUUCUUAACCAUGUUCUUUUUCCAUUAUAUGAAACCACUUGUCAAAAGUGAAGAAAUCCAAGUGAUUAAGGAAAUGGUCCCAAAUAUGCCUCAGGAAUCUUUGAACAAAUUAUUAUCACUUACGCACAAACUCAGAGAGACACAGGAUCCAACAGCGCAGUCAUUGGCAGCAUCACUUUCUACCAGACAAUUGUUACGGAUUUCUCGUCGACUGUCACGGUAUCCUAAUGAAAAUCUUCACAGUGCUGUAACUAAAGCCUGCCUUUCCAGGUUUUUACCAAGUCUUGCUAGGUCAGCACUAGAAAAAAACCUGGCAGAUGCUGCAAUAGAAUUAAGUACUGAUGAUAAUCUGGAACCAGAAUUGGAAGAUUACAAAUGUGAAGUGGCGUCUGGGUCUCUGAGGAUUGGCAGUGUUAGUGCACCAAUCUAUAAUGCCCAUGAGAAAAUGAAAGUUCCUGAUGUUCUAUUCUAUGACAAUAUCCAGCACAUGAUAGUGAUGGAAGAUAUGCUCAAAGACUUUCUCCUCGGAGAACACUUAUUAUUGGUGGGCAACCAGGGUGUUGGAAAGAACAAGAUAGUUGACAGAUUUCUUCACCUGCUCAACAGACCCCGAGAAUAUAUUCAACUACACAGGGACACCACAGUACAAACUCUUACUCUUCAGCCUUCAGUUAAAGAUGGACUUAUUGUGUAUGAAGACUCACCCUUGGUUAAAGCAGUAAAAUUGGGUCAUGUUCUGGUAGUAGAUGAAGCAGACAAAGCCCCAACAAAUGUCACGUGUGUUUUAAAAACUCUAGUAGAAAAUGGAGAAAUGAUUCUAGCAGACGGAAGACGCAUUGUUGCAAAUUCUGCUAAUGUGAAUGGAAGAGAAAAUGUUAUAGUGAUUCAUCCUGAUUUUAGGAUGAUUGUUCUGGCCAACAGACCUGGAUUUCCUUUCCUAGGCAAUGAUUUCUUCGGUACUUUAGGUGAUAUUUUUAGCUGCCAUGCAAUUGACAACCCCAAGCCUCACUCAGAGCUCGAGAUGCUUAGACAGUAUGGACCAAACGUGCCUGAGCCCAUCCUGCAGAAACUUGUGUCUGCCUUUGGAGAGCUGAGGAGUUUGGCUGACCAGGGGAUCAUUAACUAUCCUUAUUCUACCAGGGAAGUCGUCAACAUAGUCAAACAUUUACAGAAAUUUCCCACUGAAGGACUUUCCAGCGUGGUUCGGAACGUGUUUGACUUUGAUUCCUACAACAACGACAUGAGGGAGAUUUUGAUUAACACUUUACACAAAUAUGGGAUACCUAUUGGAGCAAAACCUACCAGUGUGCAGCUGGCAAAGGAGUUGCCUCUUCCAGAGCAGACAUUCAUGGGCUACUGGACAAUUGGCCAGGCAAGAAAUGGAAUGCAAAAACUCCUAUGUCCAGUAGAAACUCAUCAUAUAGACAUAAAGGGUCCAGCACCUAUAAAUAUACAGGAGUAUCCAAUAGAAAGAAAUGAAGAAAGAUCCCUAAACUUUACUGAAGAAUGUGUCUCCUGGAGGUUACCCCUGGAUGAAAUUAACUUAAUCUGUGACGUUGCUACAUCUCAGGAAAAUCAUGAAAAUGCUCUGUAUGUAGUCACGUGCAAUCCUGUUUCCUUAUACUUUAUGAAUAUGACUGGGAAAAGUGGCUAUUUCGUGGACUUGUUUGACAUCUUCCCAAGAACAGCCAGUGGAGUUUGGCACCCAUUUGUGACAGUGGCACCUCUGAAGAGUCCCCUGAAGGGUCAAGUGAUUCUCCAUGAGCAGCAGAGUAACGUCAUCUUGCUGUUGGAUACAACUGCCCAGGCCAUUCGUCGUCUCAUCAUUCCUUUAGAAGAAGUCACAUCUAACAAAAGUUCCUGGUGGAACAAAGAGGAAGCUGAAACUUAUAAAAUGUGUAAAGAAUUUUCGCACAAAAACUGGCUAGUAUUCUACAAAGAAAAUGGGAACAACUUGACAGUGCUAGACGUUCUAGAAGGGCGAACUCACACCAUCUCACUUCCCAUCAGCCUCAAGGCAGUUUUCCUUGUAGCAGAGGACAAAUGGCUUCUGGUGGAGAACAAAACAAAUCAAAAAUAUCUUUUAACUAAGCCUGCACACAUCGAAUCUGAGGACAGUAGAGUUUGCCAGUUAUAUGUAUUGAAAGAGGAACCACCUAGCACAGGGUUUGGAGUUACACAAGAAACAGAGUUCAGCAUACCUCAUAAAAUUUCAAUUGAUCAACUGUCAUCUGAAAAUCUAAGUUCAGCUGUGGGACAAAAGAUUGCCUCUCCCAACAGAAUUCUCUCAGAUGAGAGUAGUUAUGCUAAAAUAGUUAUUGGUUUUCCAGAUCUCAUGUCACCCAGUGAAGUUUAUUCUUGGAAGAGGCCAUCAUCUUUGCACAAACAAAGAGUCACUGACACCGCAUUCUAUGGAAGAGCAAAGAAAACUGGGACUCCAAAACAGAGCAAUUGUGUGACUCUUAUAGAUACUAAUCAGAUAGUCAGGAUUUUGCCCCCAGGAGAAGUGCCUCUAAAAGAUAUCUACCCAAAAGAUGUUACCCCUCCACAAACAGCUGGUUAUUUAGAAGUCACUGAUCUUCAAUCAAAGAAACUCCGAUAUAUCCCUAUUCCCAGAACAGAAUCCCUCUCACCAUAUACCACAUGGCUGUCUACUAUUUCCGACACGGAUGCACUACUAGCUGAGUGGGACAAAAGCGGUGUUGUUACUGUUGAUAUGGGAGGUUGCAUCAGGCUUUGGGAAACUGGGCUUGAACGUCUACAACGAUCCCUCAUGGAAUGGAGAAACAUGAUUGGAGAAGAAGGUGACAGACAUAUGCAGAUAACCAUCAACAGAGAUAGUGGCGAAGAUGUGAGCUCCCCCAAACAUGGGAAGGAAGACCCAGACAACAUGCCCCACGUGGGUGGCAACACUUGGGCUGGUGGAACAGGGGGAAGAGACACUGCCGGUCUGGGAGGCAAAGGAGGUCCUUACCGACUGGAUGCAGGCCACACAGUGUACCAGGUUUCUGAGGCUGAGAAAGAUGCAAUUCCUGAGGAAGUCAAAAGAGCUGCAAGAGAGAUGGGCCAAAGAGCGUUUCAGCAGAGGCUAAAGGAGAUACAGAUGAGUGAAUAUGAUGCUGCAACUUAUGAAAGGUUCUCAGGUGCAGUUCGACGACAGGUACACUCCCUUCGAGUCAUCCUGGAUAAUUUACAGGCCAAAGGUAAAGAAAGACAGUGGUUAAGACACCAAGCUACAGGGGAACUAGAUGAUGCCAAGAUCAUCGAUGGGCUGACUGGAGAAAAAGCCAUCUACAAACGCCGGGGUGAACUGGAGCCACAACUGGGCAGCCCGCAACAAAAACCCAAGCGUCUGCGCCUGGUGGUAGAUGUGUCCGGUAGCAUGUACCGCUUCAAUGGGGUGGAUGGCAGGCUUGAGCGCUCCAUGGAGGCCGUGUGUAUGGUCAUGGAAGCCUUUGAGAACUAUGAGGAGAAAUUCAAGUAUGACAUCGCUGGACACUCUGGAGAUGGCUACAACAUAAGCCUGGUUCCAAUGAACAAAAUCCCCAAGGACAAUAAGCAAAGACUAGAAAUUCUAAAGACAAUGCAUGCCCACGCUCAGUUCUGCAUGAGUGGGGACCACACAUUAGAGGGGACAGAACAUGCCAUCAAGGAAAUUGUCAAAGAAGAAGCCGAUGAGUACUUUGUCAUAGUCUUGAGUGAUGCGAAUCUGUCACGAUAUGGAAUACAUCCUGCCAAAUUUGCCCAAAUCCUAACAAGUGACCCUCAAGUAAAUGCCUUUGCCAUUUUUAUUGGAUCUUUAGGGGAUCAAGCAAGCAGGCUUCAGAGAACUUUACCAGCUGGCCGGUCUUUCAUUGCCAUGAAUACCAAGGACAUCCCUCAGAUUUUACAGCAGAUCUUCACCUCCACCAUGCUGUCAACGGUUUAAGAAGUGCCUUCAUCAUCCUAAUGACACCAAGAUUCAGAUAAGAGAGGGAUAAAGGAUAUUCUGAAGAAGAUACCUACAGAGUGAACGUGUGCAAUGGCUGGGUAGUCCUGGCAUUCCUGAAUCUUUUCACACUUGCUCAGUAAUCAGAAUUCAGAAGCAGCCAGAGACUUGUACAUGGAAAUCAACAACCAUUGAUGGGUUUUAAAGUCUUAGAGGAAGUAAGUUGACCUCGCUUUUAUAAAAAAUCGAGGUUAAAGGAAGGUGGCUUGAGAACUACAGUACUUGAUUGGUUCCCAAAACUCCAGGGAAAAAGAAUACCUUGCUUUUGCCUUAACACAUCAUCUGGUCGCCUAAGAUAAGAAUAGCCACCCAGCAAACGGACCCUUUGAUGCCACGUU